UCUUAUUUGAAGAAAAUUUAACGAAAGUGAAAGUUCUUAAAUGUCAUUGGUUCGAUUCAACUUCACAUCAUUUAAGAACCAAUGAAAAGUCGAACUUGUAAAAGCUUCAACAAUAAAAGAAAUAUUCAGUGACAUGUCAAGUUAUUUUUAUACCGGAAGUGGGAGAAGUGUUAAAAAGUUUUUACAAAUGUUAUGAUUGAAAACUAUUGGAAAAUAUAUUUUUAUAAGUAUUAUAAUGUACAAAAUAUGUGUUGUUUUAAUAGUCUUAGUCGCGCAAGACUGUUUCAGUCAAGAUGACGAAGGACCCUAUAGGGGGAAAUAUAUAGGAAAAAUAAAUUCAUAUCACCACCAGGUGUCAGGAGAUGUGUAUGCUGUAGAUGACUGGACAAUUCUGUUGGUGGACUUCAACUAUGAUGGUACAGGAGAUGAUACAUUCUUCUGGGCCGGAGACUCAGGUCGACCAGGACCUCUAGGGUUCAUUGUGGCGGACCAACAUGGCAAGACCAACAUCCUCGAGCGUUACAACAACGAGGAGGUCCGCCUGAAGCUGCCGGACGGGAAGCGAGUGUCUCGCGUCACGUGGCUGGCGGUGUACGACCUCGCCUCGCAGAACGCCUUCGGAGACGUUUACAUCCCCGAGGACUUCGAGGCGCCGGCGCCCCGGUCGUUGACGCCGCUGGUGGCCGCGCCCGGACACCAGCUGUCUAGUCAACCGGUCAAGUUUCUCGACGCCUCCACCUUCAUUAUUCCAGAGUUCCACUACGACGGCAGCGGGGAAGAGGUGUUCUUCUGGACCGGAGUGGGACCGCAGCCUUCCUCCAGGGGCUUUAAGAUACCUGAUGAAGACGGCUAUCUGGAGCCUCUCCGUCCGUACUCCGGCGAGGAUGUCCGUCUCCAGUUGCCGGGAGGUCGGACCGUGUUCGAAAUCGACUGGCUCGCCGUCUACGACGUCAAGAAGAAGGUCGCGCUCGCCUCGGUACUGGUCCCCGACGGCCUGAACGUGCCGCCCGCGCCUCGACGGACACACCCUCACACUACGACUCUACCGCACUGCAAGCAGCUGCACAGAGACUACCAGGUAUCCUGGGAAGUGUUCGGAAACCAGAUCACCAUACAACUGGCGGCCAUGGUCGAUGAGGAGGAGUACAUGGCGUUCGGCAUCUCGGGCUCCAACACGAGGUCGCAGAUGCUGGGGGCGGACGUGGCGGUCGCGUCCUUCGACCCCGUGCUGCAGAGAGGACUCGCCACCGACUACAAUAUUACGGAGCUAGUGCCGUGCGUGCAGGUGCUGGGACAGUGGCGGGGCGUGUGCCGCGACGACCGGCUGGGCGGGCUCGAUUCCAACCAGGUGUUCAGCGCGUCGAGAGACAGCGGACUCACCGUGGUCAGCUACAGGCGAGGCCUCCAACCCGCGGAGGAGUUGGACCGCGCGUGGUCCACGGACCGCUCGGUGUUCGCGGUGUGGGCGCUCGGCUCCCUGGACGCCGCCCGCGAGCCCGCCUUCCACCGCGUGUGGCCUCGCUCCGACAUACAGCUCGUGCUGGCCGCCACGCCGCCGGAGAACGACUGCUUCGAUUUCGUAAUCGGCGAACGUCCCCGGCCGGCGGGUUGGGAGCGCGCGCAGCUGUUCGAUCCGUCCUUGCGGGUGUUCCGCGCCACGCUGGGCCCCGCGGGCGGCGAGCGAGGCCUGCGGUCUCGACCCCCGGCGGUCUCCGGCGAUCCGCCCGCGUCCCCCCAUCGGGCGCUCUACGUCAACGGCCAGCUGGCGCCGGACCUGCAGCUUCGGCGCGGUCUGGUGUACACGUUCCGCGUCCGCGCCGGGGACGACCCUCACUCGGCGGCUCUGUACCACCCCCUGGUAAUCACGGACGAGCCUCACGGCGGCCUGGAGCGCCUCGCGGACGGGGCGCAGCGGGAGGUGCGCGUGUUGGCCGGUGCCCGCCACACUCGCCGCGGCCGCCUCAGUCCGUCCGCGGCCGGCGGCCUGUGCUCGGCCGAGCGCCCCCCUCACGCGGACCCGCGCCGGGACGCGGCCUAUGAGACAUUCCGGGCGUUCAAUCGUUCCCUGGUGUGGUCGUGUUCCGGUCGAGCGGCGGAGUUGCAGGUGGCCCCCAACUCCUCGUGGCCCGACCGCGUCUACUACCACUCGUUCGCCCACGCUGACAUGGGAGGUCGAAUCUUCAUCGUGGACCGUCACCGCCGUAACCUGGGCCGAUCCCCCGCCCCCCGGCCGGCGCCUUCUCUCCGUCUAUCGUCCGUCCUGCUCUCUCUCGUGUACUCGCUCGUGUAUCGCCGUCUCUCUCUCUGAGCCGACGCCCGCCGACUGAUGGACUCGGACUAAUGUUUCCACGCGCUUCCUCUAUCGUUAUAAUAAAUAUUUUUCAGAUGUGUAUUCAGUGGAAGGAGACGUCUUCCCCGUGUUCUUCUCCUCCUUACGUUCGAUCUCGACUCGCCACUGCCACGAUCCGUCCAAAAUUAAAUUAUUUAUACAUAUAAUUAAUAAGACUAUCAUGUUAUGUAAAUAGGAUCCAAUAAAAUACUUUUAAUA